AGCGAUAAAAAAGCGAACAAAUUACCCCACCUAUAAAAAUCUUUAUGGUCCUAGGACAGAUAACUUCUCGGUCUCAAGUGUAUUAUUGUACUGGCUCUAGAGGAUCCUUACAAACUCGUGUCGAAAAGUGUACGCUAUGCCCAAGGAUGCCACUGGAUUUCAUAGAUGAAUACCGUGCUGCAGUCAAAUGAAAUAUAAAAUUACACUGAGUACACUUCCAUGCAAAAACUGAAAAAAAUUAGAGAGACUGUGCUUGUUUUGAAUAAAAAAGCAAAAGUUGCUGUACUUUUAUAUUAGGGCCGGUUUCUCAAUAGCGAGAACCCUCCGGGUUAGUUUUAACUCCAGAGUACACGUGUCCAGUUGCUUCGGACUGACUAGAAUCUGUUCUGGAUGGAUUCUGAACGAGUCCUACCGGUUCUAAGGUUUCAAUUAAGUUAGAAUGGACCCCGAGCAGAGCAAAAACUUUUGUUCGGGAUAUUGCUCGCUGAAUGCUGGUCAGCGUUCUACUAACUAGCUUUUUGGAACCGUUGGCAGAGUGCAUUUCAUGGAAACCUAACCGAAGAUUUCGGGCGAAGAAGAAUGUCAAAACAAAACACUGCUCGGAGCAAUAGCUCGGAGCCAGUUCAAAUAAUUGACAACCCAACAACUGCCAAAUUAUUUAAAAACCUUUCCUAUGGUUUUUAAACCAUAAACAAAUAAACAAAUAAAUCAAAAUCGCCUCUAGCUAGAAUAUAAUAAUUAUAAUUAGAAAAUAGAAAUUUAAAGGUUUUAAAAAUGGGUCCAGUGGUGUGUAACCUAUAACAGUGCAAGUUGUUUUAUUUAAAAAGAAUACUGGUGAACAUCAUGGACAAAUCAACUAUAUUCGAAGGUUUAAAAAAGUAUUUUAAAUUCGACGAAUUCAAAUCGAAAUUGCAAGAAGCUGCUGUAAUAGAAGUUUGCCAGAGAAAGCAUGAUGUAUAUGUAUCAAUGCCCACAGGUUCAGGGAAAUCUUUAUGUUACCAAUUACCAGCUGUAUUACAUGAUAGCAAGAUUACAAUAGUGUUUUCUCCAUUGCUAGCUCUUAUAAAAGAUCAAGUUGACUCAUUACUUGCCCUUCAAAUCAGAGCAGCUUCAUUAAAUUCUAAAAUAACAAAAACCGAAAGAGAAAAACUUCUAGCUGAUUUAAAAUCUACAUCUCCAGUGACAAGGUUGUUGUAUGUAACUCCUGAACAAGCUGCAACAAAAACUUUCAAGGAACUAUUUGCCAAUUUGUAUAAAUUUAAUAAAGUUGCAUACAUAGUUGUGGAUGAGGCCCAUUGUGUCAGCGAAUGGGGUCAUGAUUUUAGGCCGGAUUAUCUAAAAUUAGGAAAUCUUAGAGAAAAUUGUAAUGUGCCUUGUAUUGCUUUGACUGCAACAGCAGGAGCACAAGUUACUAAAGAUAUAAUCAGUAGUCUAAGACUGGCAAAAGACCACAAAAUAUUUAAAACUUCUUGUUUUCGCAGUAAUCUUUUCUAUGAUGUAUAUUUCCCUAAUAUCCUUGAAGAUCCCUAUAAGCAUUUGAAAAGUUUUAUUGAAGAUUGUCUAAAAUUUGAAAAGGAAAAAGACUUGGCAAACAAUCAAAAAUCUUGCGGAAUUAUCUAUUGUCGUACAAGAGAACAAACUGAACUUCUAGCUUCAAAAUUAAAUUCGAUGAAAAUUAAAUCUUUAUGUUACCACGCGGGCUUGAAAAAUCACGAACGAUUAGAUUUUCAAGAAAUGUGGCAGAGAGGUGAAGUACCAGUGAUUUGUGCUACAAUAAGUUUUGGUAUGGGUGUUGAUAAAGCCUCUGUACGUUUUGUAAUCCAUUGGGGAGUACCUAAAGAUCCAGCCUCGUUUUAUCAGGAAACUGGCAGAGCUGGUAGAGAUGGAAAGCCUUCUUGGUGUCGAGUGUAUUAUAAUAGAGCAGAUUGUAAAGCUGUUGAGUUUCAUUUGACACAAGAUUUAGGAAAAGCUAAGAGCGGAGGCAAGGAAGCAAAAAAGUUAAAUGUUGAAAAUGCUGUAAAAGGAUUUAAAAAAGUGGUGGAGUAUUGUGAGAGCCCUUCCCAAUGCAGGCAUAUAUUGUUUUCUAAUCAUUUUGGUGAACCACCACCUGUGUGUAAAAAAAAUUGUGAUUGGUGCAAAGACAAAAAAGCCGUAAGAGAAAUGGUUGAAUUUUUUCUUACUAAAAGUGUCCAAUAUUCUACUCAUGUUAGUUCCUAUAAUGACAUGGACUAUGAGGAUUUAUAUGGCAAAGGACGAAAAGGGAUUAAUGAUGAGACUAAUGAAAGAAAAACUGGUGGAUAUAGUAGUGAUGAAGAUGGUGCCCAUGCAGCAUUUGAAAGAGAACAAAAAGCUAAAAAAGAAGCUACUACAUUUAUACAAAAGCAACUUGCUCUAAGAAGAAAGAAUGGCCAGGAAGCAUCUCAAGAAACUGUUGAAAAAUUAUUUUCCAAACACGCAAGAGUCCAAGCAGCUUCGUCUACGUCCAGUAAAGUUAAAGGUCUAACUUUGGCUACAAGAGAACAAUAUUUAUCAAAAAUAUUAGAUACUCUUUAUGCUAAUUAUACUGAAUGCGAGCCUGAUCAAUCACUAGACAAAAAAGAUAUUGAAGAUUGUAGUAUUGAUUUAGAAUAUGAAAUUUUUGGGUCUACAACUACUAUGACCAUGUAUAGGAAUGGUUUUGCUAAAUUGAUUUCCAAUAUUAAAAAGUGCUCCACAAAUAGGACAGUUUAUGAUAAAUUACUAAACUUCCAGCCUAAAGCAGCGAAAUACGAAACCCUUACGGACUUAUUUAGGAAUAUACAAAAAGAACAACAGUUGAAGAAGAAUUCUUCCGAGGGUUUCAAAAGUGCUAAAAAGUUGCUAGAUGAACAAACUUCACGUUCUGAUAGUGAGACGUUAGUUGACAGUACACUAUUAGACUCGGUAUAUGAUGCUCCUAAUGAUUCAAAUUCAAAAUAUGAAUUCAAAAGUGCUAACGAGAUUUUGAAAGAACAUAGUGCAGCUAGUGACAGUCAAAAGAAAAUUGAAGAUUUUUUCAUAGCUAGGGAUAGUGAGAAUACAGAAAUGAAUGAUCCAAUGUCCAAAUCUUUAUUUGGUGACUCUGACGACGAAAGAAGCCGAAGUCCUAAAAGAAGUUUUAUAUCUGAGAAAAGAGUUAGAAGUAGAAGUAGAAGCAGGACACGAGACAGAAGAGAUAGAUUUAAAGACAGCCGAGAUAGACUAAAGGAUGAUAGUCGUAGAAGACCUGGAAGUAGGGAAGAUAGACAUAGAAGAGACAGGCAUAGAGAUGAGGAUAGGCACAGGAGAGACACUGUACACAGAAAAAAACGCAGGGGUAGUAGUAGUUCAGAAAAAUACAAGUUUGACAAUGAGAAAAUUGAAAAGAGGAGGAGACGUAGUUCAGAAAAACUUAGAGAUGGUGAAAGGAAAAGGUGGAAAGAUGACAGAGAUAACGAAAAAGCAAAAGAAUCUGAUGAAGAAAAAACAAGACUAUCAAAGGAAAAUGGCAAAAAAGAAGAGACUAAAAAUGGAAACUUUGAUGUAAUUUUUAAUGAUGAAAUGAAGAUAUUGGAAAUAAAUCUUCCAUCUACUGACAGUAAAUGUGAUAUCGAAACUGAAACUAAUCACAUUGAUCUCACACAGAGGACGUACAACGAAGUUAUUCAGCUUCAAGAUAAAAAUACUAUUAAAAGAAAAUAUUCCGAUGAUAUGGAAAUUGAUGAUGAUGAAGAACAUAUUAGUGUAAAAUCAAGUGAUGAUAAUAAUGCAAUAAUCGAGGUUGAAGAUGAUAUUUACAAUGUUACAAAACAAGACCUGAAAGUAGCUGAAGAACCUCUAGAAAAAGAGUCUCAAGCAAAUGAUAUAUUUGCAAAAAUACUUAGUAAAUCUCAAAAUCAUGCACCAAUAACAUCAAUAUUUCAAACAACAGAAAUAUCUAAACCAACCAAACCACCAGAAUCACAAAAUGGAAAAAGUGGGCCAAGCGAUAAUAAACCUGAUGUUAAAGUAAAGUCCAAGUCAAAAUUAAGAAAAACGGAAAUUGGAUUGUUGGUUGUGAAAUUGCUGACUCCUGCUUAUGUUGAUAAAAGAUUUGAGUCAAGGGAGACUUUCAAGAUUAUGGCUAGAAAGAUAUCUCAUUCAUUGGCUGGUAAAGAUCAAGAAGAAAUUAAAGAUUAUGUCAAACGAUUUUUGAAUCGAAACAUAAAUAUCAAUUCCAAAACGACUAUUUAGUGAAUAGGUUGCUUUUUAUUAUAGCAAAUAUUCAGUGUAUUUUAUUUCUUUUUAUGGAUUUGGGUUUUUUUUUUCAAAACUACAAGUGAUAAUUGAAUUAAGGAUAUUGAUUGCAAGAAAAAGAAAACCGGAAUGUUAUAUGUAGUCCUUUUUACAAUUUUAAAUUUCUAAGAGCGGAAAAUAAAUGAAAUACCCUCUCUAGGACUUUCCUACAAUAAGCAUUUUAUGUAUGAUAAUAAGUUUUUGAAUAGUUUUGUAAAUUAGAUUGAAAAUAUAUUGUGAUGGUGUAUGAUAUGAUCAGCAACCAUUGGAUUACCAGAAUUCAUUUAAAUUGUAUAUACUUAGCUAAGUGAGAGUGUCAUACAUAUUUAAGCAUUAAUAAAUGAAAUUCUGUUUAUUAUUUUGAUAGCUAGCUUUUACCUUGAGAAUCUCACUGAAGUAAUGAGACCAAGAAAAGUUUUUUUUUUUUUUUUUCUCAAGGAUAAAGAGUUUUGGGUCCAUGUAGAGGUAUAGUAUAGCUCGAAUUUCAGCCCGGCCAUUAUUUGCUAUUUAUUGGCUUUAUAACGUUAAUACAAUGGGUCAACCACUGCUUUGAAAUACACAAUGAUUUCUAUAUUUGGCAAUCAACGAAUCUCAUGUAUUUCCAUCCCAAAAAUUGCAACUGAUUGCCAAUGAUUUUAAGAUAUUUUUGUAUCAUCCUAUUUCUAGCUGAUUUUAUUGCGAAAACGAUGUCUAAUUGUUAAACUUCGCAUUGAUAUGGCCAAAAUAAACAGUUUUUUUCUCUUAUAAAAACACGUUUUUACUGGAAAAUUGGCAACUUCUGUAUUUGCAACUCUUCCAAAAGUUAGCAACUUUUAUUUUCUUGGUUAUCCAUAGUCCAUAGCCACACCGAUUUUGUUGUAGGUAUAAAUAGUUGUUGAGCCAUAGAUACCAUUGCAUGUACCCUGCAUUAUAUGGAUCUAAAAUAAUGGAUAUUUGUUUGAUUGGAUAAGUUGGAACAACUUAUCCACCCUGUACAUACAAAUAAAAUGGAUUAUUACGGAACUUACGGGUGGACCUCUGCGGGAUGAGCGCAGCGAGUUCCGCAGCCCUCUAUUGGCAAAUAAACUGUUGAACUGUUCAAAUAAGACAC